CACGAAACGUCGCUUUUGAUAUAAUGUUUGGGCAACCUUUUUUCUUAUAUUUUACCUCAAGUAAUCUAACGUGAAUUUUUUAGAUAGCUAAACAUAUUCCACUCUAUUUGUUUCUUGUGAUUUUGUGAACUUUGUGCUUUCCUACGGUUGAAUGACCUACAAACGAGAUUUUAUACUCUGGUACGGAGAAGUCUCUUAUUAUUGUAAACAUAUGCGCUUUUGGGAGCUUCGGGCUGUGGGAAGACAUCUCUUCUGUCUUGCAUAGUAGGAAUACGUAAACUUGAUUCUGGGGAAGUAUGGGUGUUAGGUGGUAGACCUGGCAGCCGCCGUUCUGGUGUGCCAGGUAAUAGAGUCGGGUACAUGCCACAAGAAUUGGCUUUAUAUGGUGAGUUUUCUAUAAACGAAACCAUUUUGUACUUUGGAUGGAUUUAUGGUUUGAAAACAAAAGAUAUUAAAGAAAGAGUAAGAUUCUUGGUUGAUCUUCUCGACUUGCCUCCUGGUAAACGGCUUGUAAAAAAUCUCAGUGGAGGUCAGCAACGUAGAGUAUCACUUGCAGUCGCAGUUUUGCACCAACCAGAGCUGCUGAUCUUAGAUGAACCUACAGUUGGUGUCGAUCCAAUAUUGAGGGCUAACAUAUGGAACUAUAUGGUUCGUGAGGCAAAAGAGAAGAAACAGAGUAUCAUUAUCACAACUCACUAUAUCGACGAGGCCCGACAGGCUCAAACGAUCGGCAUGAUGCGAAGUGGGGAGAUUUUAGCAGAAAAUGCUCCAGAGCAGCUCCUGAAAAUGUAUGGUUGUACUAGUCUGGAGGAAGUCUUCCUGAACUUGUCACAACAACAGGAAAUUGCGUUAAAGGCAGAUACACCAACAAAGUCUGUCGAGAAACAGUUUAAAGUCAGACACGAGAAGAAAUCAGAAGGUCUUGGCGAACUGGAUGAGAAGAGAUAUGGGUGCUGUAACAGAAUGUGCAACAGUUUGACAUACUGUAUCAGCUGCGUUAGAUUACGAGCCCUUUUAUAUAAGAAUAGUAUUCGUUUGGUACGAAACCUGCCAGUACUUCUGUUCAUCUUUGCCCUGCCUGUCAUACAAGUCAUCUUAUUUUGCGUUUGUAUUGGAAAUGAUCCAAAGGACUUGACUUUAGCUGUGGUCAAUAAGGAGGUUAACUACACGAAUUCUAGCUACCUGUACUGCCCGUAUGAUUUUGAAUGCACUUUAUCGAUAAACGGCAAUCAAACGAUAGUACGUGAUUGGGAAUAUAUGAGCUGUGGUUAUUUGGUCUACCUUGAUAUUGAUACCAUCAAUCUAGAGUACUAUCCAGACACUAGCAGCUGUACGAAAGCAGUCGUUGAAGGCAAAGCAUGGGGAUGCAUGUACAUUAAGUCAACGUUUAGUGAAGCCUUAUUGGAACGAGUAAAGAGAAUCUUUCUGAAUAACCUUUUGGAGUCUGUAAAGCAUACAACUCUCAGCGAAAUUCAAGUAUGGCUUGACAUGACCAAUCAUCAGAUAGCACUUGUACUACAAAGAGAUAUACUACAAGGUUUCGACAAUUUCACGAAGGAUGUUGUUAAGCAAUGUCACGUUGACAGUACCCUCUUCAGACCACCAAUACGUUUUGAGACUGUAUACGGCUCAAAUAGACCAGUAUUUACUAAUUUUGCAGCUCCUGGUGUUAUUUUAACAAUUGUAUUUUUCUUAGCUGUGAGUUUGACCGCUUUGGCUUUGAUCAUGGAGCGGAAUGAAGGACUAUUAGGUAGAUCUUUCGUGGCAGGUAAGCCUGUCUAUCUACACGUUUCUAUAAUCUUUUCUCUAUGUCUGAAUAUAGAUCAGUUUAUUAUAGGUGUAACUGCAACCGAAAUUCUGUUCUCCCACGUGUUUACUCAGUUCAUAGUGAUGGUGGGCCAAACGCUUCUAGCUCUACUUUUCAUGAUCGCUGUUUUCAAAGUUGACUGCAUUGGGAGUAUGGUAGGUGUAAUAGUUAUGGCACUUCUCCAAGGACUAUGUGGAAUGUGCUUUGGCUUUGUUAUUUCUGCAGUUUGUACUCACGAAAGAAACGCAAUCCAAGUGUCGCUUGGUUGUUUCUAUCCCACGAUUAUGCUUAGCGGAAGUUUGUGGCCUUUAGAAGCUAUGCCAAAAGUUCUUAGAUGUAUAUCGUGGAUGCUACCUCUAACACUGGCUACAAGAGCCGUAAGGUCUAUAAUGUUACGCGGGUGGGGGAUAGAGUGGUCUCACGUGUACUGGGGUUACGUAGCAACAUGUGCAUGGAUCGCAAUCUUCAUGAUCGUAGCUAUAUUGAUUGUAAAGUUUAAGAAGGCUUGACUGUUUCCAACGAUGUAACAUUAUUUCAUCUAGAAUCGUGCUGUCCAUAAUCACUUUGUAGUUUUAUAUUCGUAGGGGUUUAAAGAUUGUCUCUUGUUUUUUUAAGAAUAAAAUAUAAUUAAAAAUAGGAAAU